CUGCUUCUUCUUCAAUCUCUUCAUUCCACAAUUUUGAUUUUAGUUUUUAAUUUUUUGAAUUUUUUGGUUUGGUUCGUUCUUGAGAGAUGAAGUUGAAUAAAGAUCCAUCAGAGAAGCUGAUGUGGGAACGGACUUUAUCCGGAUCCGGUUCACCGACCCGACCCGUAUCCAAGUUAAUGGUGACGCUCCUCCUCCUCGUCUCCGCUACUUACGUCGUCUACACUCUCAAACUCAUCUCUAACUCACGUGCCUGUCACGUGGAGCCAUUCUCCGCCGUUGUUCGUCGUCUCAACGACAUUGUGAACUCAUCCCAGCCGCUGAUUCUCAUCCAGUCGAAUCAAACGGCGGUGAUAGAACCUUUCGCGUCUCCGCCACCUUCGCCUAUUCCGCCACCACCUCCUCCGCCGCAAACCGGACUCCAGCACGUGGUUUUCGGAAUCGCCGCGUCGGCGAGGCUAUGGAAACAGAGGAAAGAGUACAUCAAGAUCUGGUACAAACCAAACCAAAUGCGCGGUUAUGUCUGGUUAGAGAAACCGGUUAAGGAAGAGGAAGAAGAAGACGAAAUCGGCCUCCCGCCGGUGAAAAUCUCCGGCGAUACGUCGAAGUUUCCGUAUAAAAACAAGCAAGGACACAGAUCGGCGAUUAGAAUAUCGAGAAUCGUCACGGAGACGCUCAAAUUAGGACUCAAAGACGUGAGAUGGUUCGUUAUGGGAGACGACGAUACAGUCUUCGUCGCCGAGAAUCUAAUCAGAGUUUUGAGAAAGUACGAUCAUACUCAGAUGUAUUACAUCGGAAGCUUGUCGGAAAGUCAUCUUCAGAACAUUUACUUCUCUUACGGUAUGGCUUACGGCGGCGGAGGAUUCGCUAUAAGUUAUCCGUUAGCGGUGGCGCUGAGCAAAAUGCAAGAUCGGUGUAUCAAAAGAUAUCCCGCAUUGUACGGUUCCGAUGAUCGGAUGCAAGCUUGCAUGGCCGAACUCGGUGUUCCACUCACUAAAGAACUCGGUUUUCACCAGUACGAUGUGUAUGGCAAUCUCUUCGGGUUACUAGCGGCUCACCCUGUGGCACCAUUGGUUACGCUUCACCAUCUCGACGUGGUCGAACCUAUCUUCCCAAACAUGACACGUGUUGAGGCCUUGAAGCAUCUACAAGCCCCGGCUAAGCUAGACUCAGCCGGACUUAUGCAACAGUCGAUAUGUUAUGACAAACGUCGUAAAUGGACUGUUUCCGUCUCUUGGGGAUUCGCGGUUCAGAUUUUCCGCGGAAUAUUUUCAGCUCGAGAGAUCGAAAUGCCGUCGAGAACCUUCUUGAAUUGGUAUCGACGGGCGGAUUACACGGCAUACGCGUUUAAUACCCGACCAGUGAGUCGUCAUCCGUGCCAGAAACCAUUUGUGUACUAUAUGACAUCGACUAGUGUUCAUCCGGUGACAAAUAUGACGGUGAGCCGUUACGAAAUCCACCGUGUGGCUCAUCCUGAGUGUCGGUGGAAGAUGGCUAAUCCAGGCGAUAUUAGGACGGUCAUUGUUUACAAGAAACCGGACCCUCACCUUUGGGACAGAUCUCCUAGAAGAAAUUGUUGUAGGGUGAAAGCAAAGAAGAACAAUACUUUGGAGAUUAGUGUUGCAGCUUGCAAAGAAGGUGAAGUGGUUGAAGUUGUGUAAUAAGAAUAUUCAUGUGUUCAAACCUUUAAAUUUUGCUCUUGAUUCAAUUAUAUAGAUUAGUGAAUUACCUAUUUAAAAAUGAUGGAAACUUUACAAAAAUUAGUUAAAUAAACGAUUAUCAUUACGUGUGAUUUGUACA